UUGGCGCUAAAAAAAAAAAGGAGAAAAAAAAAGAGGCACAGAAAGGCUCGGGGACUAGAGAGCCAGGCGCGAAGGAGUCGGUGCAACCGCGCCCCCCCCCUUCGCCGGUCCGAGCGCAUCGCCUCUCCGCCUAGCCCCCGGCGACCCCGGAGACCCCUCCCGCGAGCUAGCCGGACCCCAAGCGCCGAGGCCUUUCUGGGGCGCGGGGCCGUCCGGGUCGCCGCCGCCCUCGGGGCGGCACAGCCCCUGGCCGUGUCGCCGCCGCCGCCGCCGCGGGGCGAUCUCUAAGCGGGGAUCUCCAAGCGCUGCUCGGCUCGGCCGCGGGCCAGGAGGGGAGGGUCCGGCCUUGUCCCACAGGCGUCCAUUGGCGGCUUCCCCCGGCCUCCGCGCCAUGCCUCCGGCCGAGUGAGCCUCCCCGGGCUCCGGAGCCCGCAGGUGCCUGAGGGCGCGCCAGGCCCGGUUGGGGAGGGGGCGCUGUGCUCGCCAUGCUGCGAGGGCCCCGGGCCCUGGCUCCAGCCGCCGGGCCGCCCUCGAAGGGACUGCCCGCGAUGAGCCCUACAGAGCUGUGGCCGCCCGGUCUCAGCAGCCCCCAGCUCUGCCCGGCCACCACCACCUACUACACCUCGCUGUACCCGCAGACUGUGCCUCCCACUGCGGCGCCCGGCACCUGCCUCGACGCCACCCCCCACGGACCGGAGGGCCAAGCUGUGCGAUGCGUGCCGGCUGGCCGGCUGCCGGCCAAAAGGAAGCUGGACCUGGAGGGGAUCGGGAAGCCAGCAGUCCCUGAAUUCCGGACCCCUAAGGGGAAGUGCAUUAGACUGGACGGCCUCCCCAGCCCCAAAACCCCCAAGUCCCCUGGAGAGAAGACUCGGUAUGACACGUCACUGGGGCUCCUCACCAAGAAGUUCAUUUACCUCUUGAGCGAGUCCAAGGAUGGCGUGCUGGACCUGAACUGGGCGGCUGAGGUGCUGGACGUGCAGAAGCGGCGCAUCUAUGACAUCACCAACGUGCUGGAGGGCAUCCAGCUCAUCCGUAAGAAGGCCAAGAACAACAUCCAGUGGGUAGGCAGGGGAAUGUUUGAAGACCCGACCCGACCUGGGAAGCGGCAGCAGCUGGGGCAGGAGCUGAAGGAGCUGAUGAGCACGGAGCAGGCCUUGGACCAGCUCAUCCAGACCUGCUCUCUGAACUUCAAGCACCUGACCGAGGACAAGGCCAACAAGAGACUGGCCUAUGUGACUUACCAGGACAUCCGUGCUGUUGGAAGCUUCAAGGAGCAGACAGUGAUCGUUGUCAAGGCCCCUCCUCAGACAAGACUGGAAGUGCCCGACAGGAGCGAGGAGAACCUGCAGAUAUAUCUGAAGAGCACGCAGGGACCCAUCGAAGUCUACCUGUGCCCAGAGGAGGUGCAGGAGCCGGACAGUCCGACCAAGGAGCGCUUCCCCUCCCCCUCCCCCCUCGGCCCCAUCCCUGACUCCACCCAGCCCAGCAGCAGCACUGACCCUGGGAUGACAGAACCCAUGGCAUCUCCAGGACCAGCGCUGACUCCCCAGCAGGCCCUGCAGCUGCCAGCGCCUCCACCACCACCACUGCCACUUGUGCCCCUGGAGGCCACUGACAGCAUGCUGGAGCUGCCACACCCACUUCUGCAGCAGACCGAGGACCAGUUCCUGUCCCCCACCCUGCCGUGCAGCUCCCCCCUGAUCAGCUUCUCCCCACCUUUGGACCAGGACGACUACCUGUGGGGCCUGGACGGGGGCGAGGGCAUCAGCGACCUCUUCGACUCCUAUGACCUCGGGGACCUGCUGAUUAACUGAGUGGCCCUGACUGCCCCCGGCAGCCCGCCCCUGUCUCUACCUCCUCACAGACGGGCAGGCCCUCUGCCCGCACAGGGACGUGGGACACAAGGUGCCGUCCUCAGGGUGCGGGGGUCUCCUUUUCUCCUUUCUUACCCCCAGCCGGCCGAAGCUGUCUCGGGGGGCCAUGUAGGGGAUUCGGGUGAGGAGCGUAUCAGAGGUUGGGUCCCCUCCUUCCUAAUGGAAGCUGAGCCCGGAAGGCCCAUCCAGCUUCUGACCUCUGACCUCUCAUGCGAAGAGCCACAGGUGAGGCAACCAGGUCCAGGGAAAGGGCCCCGGCCCCCCCCCCCACUUUUGAGGGGGAAUUAGGACCCUGAAUUUAUCAAGAAGCACUUAAUGCCUUUGUAUUUAUUUCAGGUUGAGUUUUGUUUGUUUGUCUUCCCUGAGUUUUUAGCAGGGAGAUCAUUCCAGUUUCUAGUAAGACUUCUCAAGACAGGCCCAGAGCUGUCCACUGUCCAAGGGCAAGCCAGGGCGUCCAGAGCCCCAGGCCAACUCCCCAGUUUCCCCACAUCAGUGGGCUGGGUCUCUGGGGGGCCGUCCCGUCUGCUAGAAUGCUACUUGCACUUAGGCCUCGUGAUUCUAGUACGUGGUGGCCUGGCAUCUCCAGCUGAGGCGCCAGCCUUGGAUUCCUGGUCUCCUCUGUCCCAGAGAUGGUGGCAGGGAGCCACCCCAGGGUAGGCGGCAUCGAGGCUCCAGUUCUGGAAACCUACUUCCUAUGGAAUCCCCUACCUCUCCCUCAGGACAUGAAAAUCAGCCUUGCAGGGAGUCGGCACAGAAGAGUUCCUGGGGAAACACGGACAGGGACGUGGAAGGCGCCGAGGGCACCCUUCCUCUAUUUCUGCCUCUCGCUUGGGACAGGUGCUGUCUUGCAGUGAGGACCUGGGAGGGACUGGCAGCCCCCCCAAAGAGACAGGUGGGAUGAGAACAAGAAAAUGCCAGAAAGCACCCCCUCUGGUCGCUGCUGGUAUAGUCUCCCCCUUCCCUGGAAGGAUUUUUUUGUUUGUUGGAGGCAGUCAUUCUCUAAGGACCUCCUCUCCCCACCAGCUCUCACACAGAAAGACCUCCCUCUCCCCGCCACGCCCCCCUCCCCCCCAGCCAAGGACAGAGGUGACCAGGACUUGGUGGCCUUUUGCCUCCUUUUGUCACAGGAAUGCCGAAGGGCUGACAGGAAGCAGUCUUAAGUGCACACCAGACCUUGGCAGCUAGUGGGGCGAUGGGUGUACGUUAACUCUUCAGGCGUAGGGUCCUGAGAAGGUCUCUUGCCCUCCUCUCUCAAGCCCCCACAAUGGCUUGACCAUCCCAAGGUCUCUCUGGAGCCCGCUUGGGUGUGGGGGGAUCAGCUCUCCUCCCCACUCAACCUGGGGUGGGGCUGCUCUGGGCUGAACCAAGGCUGUGCCCUCUGGAGAGACACAGCCAGGGACGGUGGUCUGAAAGGCCCACCACCCACCCUCAGGGAGCUAGGUUUCCUCAGGGGCUCAGCUGGGCAGCACUUUUGUUUUUCUUUUUUUGAGUUUGUAGCAUUAAGUUGGUUUUAAAUAUGAAGUUGGCCUCACGGGAUUGCUCUUGAGCCGACCAGAAGCUGGCAUCUGAAGUUUGGGAGGUAGACUUGUUUGGACAUGGGGGUCUGAUGGGAGCUAAUGCCCACGUGGGGACAGUCUUGCCUUGUCAUUUUCUCAACUUCCCGGGCCCCUAACUGCCCUCUCAGGAGUGGUCAACAGGUCACAGAUGGCUCGUGCUGUGAACAGGGCUAAUUUUGUAUGCUUUGCAGAAGCUCCCCUGAUACUCACAGGGGGCUUGUCAGAAGCCUGUCUCGAAGCCCAGUAUGUCCAGGGUCAAGGGACUACCUUGGCCCUUGGGCAGGAGGAGGGAGUGUUGCAUGGAAUCUGGUUGGGGGCAUGUGGGGCCAGAGAUGACCUUGCUGAUUUGAGAUCUCUGGGCUGCCAUUUAGCCGUGCCCCAUCUCUGAAGACAGAGACGUUUGACUUCCAUGCCUUUGGCUCUGUCUAGAGUGUUCUCCUGGAAUUAAAGCAGACAAAGGGGAGAAGAGGCUUGCAGGACCCACCGGGAAUGAGUUUAAUGGCAAAGUCUGGCCAGAAUUCAAGCUCAUUCCCCAAAUUCCCAGCCAUAGUGCUGGACAGACGGGCUGCCCCUUGGGCCCAUGGCCUGUAGCCUGAGCAGCUGCCCCUGUCCUGUGCUAUCCCCUCCACACCCUGCCUGGCCCCCGGGGCUGGACCGCCUAGGCCAAGCCUCCGGCUAGGGGCAGGGGGUUUGGGAGGGACACAAGCUCAUGCCUGUUUCUUGCCAGUGACACUUGAAACCUCUCGAGUUCCGUCAGGUGCUUUAAGAAUGCAUUUUGGCUGGAAUUUCCUUUAGGGGCCACAUGUAAACUUGAGACCUAGCCUUUUUCUGAGAUAUGUUAUUGCUGUCAGGAUGUUUCCCCAGCUCCAUCGGCAGCCCACAAGUCACCUGUGUCCCCAGGGGCACCAAAGGUUCGGGGGCUCCAGGGAACUCGGUAGCAUUAAGUUGUGCGGUAGAGUUGGAGAUUCAAAGAGAUUUCUUAAAACCAGGGACAUGCUCCCAUGUCCCUUCCCAUGAAAAGUGUUCAUUAGAUCAGUGUGGUGUCCCUUCUCCACAGCAGUGCUGUGGUUGGACUGGUGUAGCUGUGGGGGGUGGUGAAGCUCAGAAAGCUGGUUCUGGGAUGGUUUUGACUUUCCUUUCCCUCCCCAAGUUUUCUCAGCCUCAGUUCUGCACAGCAUGUAGUUUUCAGUAAAAUCGUUUGGGUGUUCGCACAUCUGAGCAUCGUGUGGCUUUAGUGCAUUUGAAGUGAAAGCCUUUUGGGGUUGUUUGCAAACAGCCUCCUGGUUCUCAUCGUGUCCCAGGGUCCCCACCUCAUCCUGGGACACCAUUCUCCCACGAGGACCCUUGGUGACCAGAAGCCCAGCCAGCCUGCUGGCUCCUGGGUGAGUGAAGAAGCCUUGAAUAUGGCACGUGUGUCUCGAGGGUAAUUAGGCCCAAGAGAACUCGGUCCCCGUGCUGGGACUCUGUACAGGUCACUUCCCUCUGGUCUGGUUUUUCCCUGGGUCCUGCCUUGAUGAGCACCAUGUAAACCUCCUUGUGUUGUGAUGAUUGGGCAUUAAAUGGCAACUCUGG